AUGGUUUCACUUUUUGAAAAUUAUGAACAGCAAUAUUCAGUGUUAACAGCGGAUAUAACCGCUCAAGUUGGCCUCCUGACAGCUUCAGCUACUAAAGACCGACGACAGCUAAUCUCGAAUAUAGAAAAACAUCUCGAAGAGGCACAAGAACUGUUGGAGCUGAUGGAUCUGGAGGCCAUGGAAUUGGAACAGUCAAAGAAACAAAGGUGUAGGACAAAGUGUGAUUGUUAUAGAGCCGAACUAAAAAGACUGACAUUGGAUUAUAUAAAGGCUAGAUCAGUUAAACAAGGAAUCUUGUAUGACAGUUCAGAAGAUUUAAAUGAUAUUAGAAUAUCCUCAGAUCAAAAACAAAGACUUUUAGAUAAUUCAGAACGAUUAGAAAGGACAAGUAAGAAACUAGAAGAAGGAUAUAGGGUUAUAGUAGAAACAGAAGAGAUUGGGAUUGAUGUGUUGAAAAAUUUAGGUGAACAAAAGGAAUCCAUUCAGAGGAGUAGACAAAGGCUAAGAGAAGCUGAUGAAGAAUUAGGAAGGUCAGGGAGACUGAUGAAUUCAAUGAUCAUGAGAACCAUUCAACAGAAAGUUGUAAUCUACAUAAUCUGUGCCUGUUUUGUUGUAGCCAUAUGCUUAGGAGUUUAUUUGGGAGUCAGAAGAAGCUAA